AUGACCAUCUUUCGACCGUGCAUCGACAUCCACAAUGGCGCUGUGACUCAAAUUGUCGGCGGCACGCUCGACACCACCGAGCUCAAGACCAAUUUUAUCGCUACACGUCCGUCGACCUACUAUGCCGAGCUGUACAAGCAGCAUGCAUUGCAGGGUGGACAUGUCAUCAAGCUAGGCCCCGGGAACGAUAUAGCAGCUCGAGCGGCGCUACAAGCCUGGCCAGAUGCCCUGCAAAUCGGUGGCGGCAUUGACGUAACGAAUGCGCAAAGCUGGCUCGAAUCAGGCGCGAGUAAGGUGAUCGUCACCUCAUAUCUGUUUCCCUCCGCGCGCUUCGACGAAGAGCGACUAGCUCGUCUAUCUGAGCUGAUCGGUAAAGACCGGCUCGUCAUCGAUAUUAGCUGUCGGCGACGCGAAGACAAAUGGAUCGUCGCUAUGAACAGAUGGCAACUGCUCACUGACAUGGAGGUCACUCAAGAGUCUAUCAAUCUCGUCAGCAAGUACUGCAGCGAGUUGCUCGUUCAUGCAGCAGAUGUUGAAGGUCUUUGCAGAGGCAUCGACGAGGAUCUUGUACAAAUGCUCGGCCAAUGGUGCUCGAUACCGGUGACUUACGCCGGCGGCGCUAAACAUAUAAGCGAUCUAGAUCUUGUCCAUCGUCUGUCAAAAGGCAAGGUCGACCUCACCUUCGGUAGCGCGCUGGACAUAUUCGGAGGCGACAAAGUCAGAUUCGACGAGCUCAUCGCAUGGCGUGCCCAAGACACGCAAGCGUAG